AAACUCAGAGUCAAAAGAAAAGGAAGAAGAUCGCUGAAAACAUUCUAAUUCCUAACCAAGAGUCAAGGAGAUCUGCCACCAAUGAUCCACCAUUUCUAGCUUCUAGGUAUGUAGUGUUAUGUUUUGUAUGAGGAGCUCGUGAGCAGAAUACCGAUUGUACUCCUGUUGCGUGGAUCACACACCAUGCGUCCUCGAUAGUCUUCCAGCUAGUCGAUGAUAACAGUUGUUGCAAUUGAACGUAGACCAUGUUCCAGAUCUGCUUCCGCUUCUUGAAGUCGGAGGAGAAGCUGUGGUGCGUGCGAGAUACAUGUGGAAUUGCCUGCGUCGUGACGACUUACCUGUUGCUUCUGUACGGCGUGGUGGCAACCACGUUGACUGUCCUCCUACCGUACCCAACAGCAUGGACGCUAUUCCAGUAUAUUAUCUUCGUCUGCUUGGUGUUUUUGGCUGCCUGCUCGCAUGUCAGAACGAUGCUGACCGAUCCGGGCACAGUCCCGAAAGGUGUAAGCGAAUUCACUGCACUGCAGGACUGUGAGGAGACUGACAAUGCGGUGAUCAAGCAUUGUCACAAAUGCAACUCGAUCAAACCUCUUAGAGCGCACCAUUGCAGUGUGUGUAAUCGCUGUAUAAUGAAAAUGGAUCAUCACUGCCCAUGGGUCAACAACUGCGUCGGCGAAAACAAUCAGAAAUACUUUGUCCUCUUUACGCUGUAUAUAUUCGCUCUGUCCGUACUUGGUGUCUACAUGACAAUUUCACGUGCUCUUUCAUGUUCAUACCAGAAAUGGCAAGGAUGUCUGCUUUUCAACGAAGCAUCGGUGAUUGUCUUGAUGAUACUCUUAGCUAUUGAAGGGUUCCUUUUUGCACUUUUUUGUAUGGCAAUGUUUUUCACACAAGUCUGCGGCAUCAUGGCAGACGAAACGGGAAUUGAAAAAAUGAAGUGCGAAGAUGGCUGGCGGAAGAAGACAGUAUGUGAUAGUUUUCGACAAGUGUGUGGCGGUCCACUGUCUAUAUCCUGGCUGUCUCCGUUCACCUUGCACCGCAGCCGGCGGAAAUUCACGUACCACAACUGGCCGUGAGAGUGCUCUCCACCGUUGUUGUCUCCUCGUUUGAUCUCUGACUUGACCGUUUUGUAUCAGAGUCUCAGCACUGUAUCUCUAGCUAGUUGCUGUUGUACAUUGGCGUUUGUCUUAGGCACUUUUUGCUCUUGUGAUUUUUGUCAAAUUUGAUUUUUUUGUGCUCGCUCUUUGCAUUUGUGUGAUUCCAGCGCAUUUUUAUAUUAUUAAUGAUUUGUCUCGCAAAAUGGUAUUUAUCUUAGCCGGGGGAGUCUGCUUUCACCUUAGCCUCCGGCAAUCGGCAGUUCACUCGUGGCCUCUUUUCUCGUUUGUGUUCAUCGUCUGUGGCACUGCUGUCUAGUUGUCUAGUUUGCUUUUGAGUUUCGUCUCGUUUCUGAUUGCCUUGCAUGAUAGUGCUGCUGGUGCUGCUGGUGCUUCCCUCAUUUCGUCCCUAGUUGGUAUCAGCUACUUUAGUGCAUGGUGUACAUAUGAAUGCGUUGCUCAGUGAUCCCUUAUUCAGCUCAUAUAAACUACAUUUUUAUUUCAAUUUUAUUUCAUCUAACCAGCCCUACAUUGGCAUAACUCCCUUUCUCCUACGACACGGAUGUAAACAUAUUGCAAUGCAAUUUUUAUCACUUUUUAGAACGUUUUGGUCUGGUACCAUACUUGUACACGUGAUUUGCCGUUUUCCCAGGCUCAGUUUCCUUGAUUAUUUCGUCUACCUACACGCAUGCGUGGACACCCUUCCUACGUCAUUCCCGGCUGUGAUAUUCAUAUCUCAAUUUGGUUUGUUUAUGUCGUGUACGGUUUGCUGUACUGUUUCU